GAAGACCCAUGACGUGGAUCAUUCAUUGUCUUUACAGUUCAGAACUUAGCGGGCAUAACAAGCUGAGAAAAUCCGGCGAAAGAUCAUGGCGGCGAAGCUUAUCGGCGGGAGAGUCGUCGGAGGAGGAGGGGAAGGACGGUCACGGCGGAGCUUUUGCAGAGAGCUGCUGAAGAGAAGACAACCUCGGCUUCCACAGUUCACGGUUUCAGCUUCUGCUUCCAUGGAUGCCUACAAGCAAUUGGGAAUGUUUUCACUGAAGAGGAAGAUAGAAGACGCUGUUCUGAAAGCUGAGAUGAUGGCGCCAACUGCUCUUGAGCUGGAGGAAGAGCAAUGGAUGAGGCAAGAGGAGAUGAUGCGUGACUGCGACUUAUGGGACGAUCCAUCCAAAUCCAACGACAUCCUUCUCAAGCUGGCCGACACUGCAAAAACAGUCGAUGCCCUCAAAGACCUGAAAUUUAAGGCCGAAGAAGCAAAACUGAUCACAGAGUUGGCAGAGAUGAAUGCUAUAGACUAUGGCCUGUUCGAGCAAGCGUAUGAUUCAUGUCUCGAUGUAAGCAAGUCAUUGCAUCACUAUGAGAUGUCUAAGCUUCUCAAAGAUGGGUAUGACAUGGAAGGAGCAUUCAUGAUCAUCAAUGCUGGAUCUGAAGAUGCAGAUUCUCAGAUAUGGGUGGAGCAACUUGUUAGGAUGUACACGAAAUGGGCAGAAAAGCUUGGCCGGGAAGCGAGAAGGGCAUCACUCGACAAAAGCGAAGGUUUCGUCAGUUCAGCUUCCAUAGAGUUCGAGUUCGAGUAUGCUUAUGGUUAUCUCUCGGGCGAGCAAGGCAUUCAUCGCCUUAUCACAAGUUCCCGUAAUGGUUUUUCUUCAACCUCGGAUGAGGCAUGUGCAACUGUGGAAGUCAUUCCUUUGUUCCUGAGAACAUCUCCAGAUCUGAAAGUGAAUGACGAGGAUCUCGUUGUGUCGUAUUCCUCAAGCGAAAAUACCGUUUGGAUUAAGCAUCUUCCCACCGGAAUAUCCGUAGAAUCUUCGGGUGAAAGAAGCCGGUUCGCAAACAAGAUCAAGGCUCUGAAUAGGUUGAAGGCGAAGCUUCUUGUGACGGGAUCGAAGAACGUUCUAGAAGAAUCUAGAAGAUACACAUCUCGGCCUCGAAAGAUGGUUUUGGACAUGAAGACAGGCGUGGAGGUUUCCAACAUGAACUCGGUUUUGGAUGGGAAUAUCCGGCCUUUUAUAGCUGCUCAUGUCGGUAUGAGACAGAACUCUUGAUGCAUUUUUAGUUACACUUUGUGAAAAUGAUGAUAUCGCCAUUUUUGUAGUUGUAGCCUUUUUUUUUUGUAACCAAAGAGUCGAAAUUUGGUUUGAUGAUUUUAUUUUUAUGACAAUAGGGGACCGAGUAUUUUGA